AUGGAGUCCAAAGUGCCCAGCGAAACCGCGUCGGUGCGGGAUCUGGAGGGCAGUGGCGAGAAGCAUGAGACCUCGACCUCCCACCGCUAUGAGGAUCCUUUUGGCGACGAGGAGUUCGCAGCCGUGAGAUACAGGACUAUGGCAUGGUGGCAAUGCGGAAUUAUCAUGGCGGCGAUGACGGUGGGUUUAGGCAUCUUGUCUCUUCCGUCAGUGGCUGCAACAGUCGGCCUCGCGCCCGCCGUGAUUCUUAUUGUGGGCCUCGGCCUGAUCGCCACGUACACUGGAUAUGUGCUCGGCCAGUUUAGACUGGCAUAUCCCCAUGUGCACAACAUGGCAGACGCGGGCGAAGUCCUCAUAGGCCGUUUCGGCAGGGAACUUUUCGGCAAUGCCCAGCUGAUCGUCCUAAUUUUCGUGAUGGGCAGCCAUAUCCUCACAUUUUCCAUUAUGAUGAAUACGCUUACAGAUCACGGUGCUUGCACAAUAAUCUUCAACAUUGUAGGAAUGGCUCUGAUGUUUCUUGGCAAUCUCCCGCGGACACUGAAGAAUGUCUCCUGGCUGUCAAUUGGAUCAUUUAUUGGUAUCUUCAGUGCUGUCUUGGUCACGAUGAUUACCAUUGCGAUUCAGCAUCCAUGGAGAGGCGAGAUUAAACCGACAAACAACACGAGCUUUUAUCAGGGAUUCGUCGCUGUCACUGAUAUUGUAUUUGCGUACGCGGGACAUGUGAACUUUUUCAGCUUCAUUUCGGAGAUGAAGGAUCCCAAGGAAUACCCGAAAACUCUGUAUCUGUUACAGUCUAUAGACAUUGUCUACUACGUGGUGGCUACAGUUGUGAUUUACUACUAUGGUGGUCAGAAUGUUGCAUCACCUGCAUUAGGCUCACUGGGUCCGCUGAUGAGCAAGGUUGCCUAUGGCAUUGCCAUCCCAGAGAUCGUGAUCGGCGGCGUUAUUAACGGGCACGUUGCCAGUAAAUAUGUAUAUGUGCGCCUGUUUCGCGGCACCAAUCACAUGCACCAGCGUAACCUACUAUCACUGGGCUCCUGGGUGCUGAUUACCUUUAGCCUCUGGGUGAUUGCCUGGGUCAUCGCGGAGGGCAUCCCUGUCUUCAACCCCCUCCUCGGCUUGGUGACUUCGUUAUUUGCGAGCUGGUUUACUUACGGCCUAUGCGGCGUCUUCUGGUUCUUCCUAAACAAGGGACGGUGGUUCUCGUCGCCAAAAUAUAUAUUCUUGUCGGUCGUGAAUAUACUGAUUUUCUGCCUUGGUGCAUGUCUGUGCGGCCUCGGUCUAUACUCCUCUGGGAAGGCAAUUCACGAUAAUAAGCGCAUCGUCAGCUUUUCCUGUGCAAGUAACGCAUAA